GAAAGAAAGGGGGAAAAACAUAGACAUACAUACCCGAGGAACUGUUUGUUUACAAAGACGUCCAUGGGCUUCCCAUCUGAUUGCCAAAACUUCCAUAUACAAAGCGUUUCUGGUAAUUUUGUAGCGAUCCCAUUCCCCACACAAAAGGUGGUGGCAAAAAAAGUUCUUUUUGUACACACUGCGAUGAUGGCGAUGAUGAUGCCUGCAAUCCCCAACAGCAGCAUCAACCCCCCAACAAAAUUCCUCUCCUUUUCUCUCUCUUCUCCCCUUCCUUUUCGCCUCCCUUCUCUGUCUUAUCUCCCCCAUAAUCCUGUGGUUAAUGUUUUCGAUUUCCUUUCCUUACGCCAUGGUAAUCACACCCCAUUAAAAUACUGAAACUACCACCAGCACCUGCUUCAGGAUAUGGAGGAAAAGUGUGGUUGUUGGGCUGUUUUGACUCGUACUGUUUCUGGUGUUUGCAAAUCCUCCGCUUCCAGAGACUCUCCCAACACUAUUCCUCGAACUAGUCUAGUUUAUGAUUCUGCCACCGAGACGCGGUAUUUAAAUGCUAGCAACAGAGAUCUCUGUCCCCUGAAUGAAGCUGAGCUAGCCUCUGAUGAUGCCAAUCCAUCUCCAUCAGAUAACAAAGCAAGCAGCAAACUGCUUCAGUUCUCUUUUCACGAGCUCAAGGCGGCAACUGGAAACUUUAGACCUGAUAGUAUUCUUGGGGAAGGUGGAUUUGGAUUUGUCUUCAAAGGAUGGAUUGAAGAGAAUGGGACAGCCCCUGCAAAACCCGGAUCAGGAAUUACGGUAGCUGUUAAGAGCUUGAAAUUAGAUGGUCUUCAAGGCCACAGAGAAUGGGUGGCUGAGGUCGCCUUUCUCGGACAACUUCACCAUCCAAAUCUUGUUAAGCUUAUAGGUUAUUGUAAUGAAGACGAUCAACGUUUGCUUGUUUAUGAGUUUAUGAGCCGUGGAAGUCUUGAGAACCAUGUUUUCAGAAGGACUGUACCUCUUCCAUGGUCCAAUAGGAUUAAGAUCGCCCUUGGAGCAGCAAAAGGAUUGGCCUUUCUUCAUAACGGUCCAGUACCUGUUAUUUAUAGAGAUUUUAAGACGUCCAACAUCUUACUCGAUUCAGAAUACAAUGCAAAGCUUUCGGAUUUUGGUUUUGCGAAAGCGGGGCCUCAAGGAGACAAAACACAUGUUUCUACCAGGGUAAUUGGGACAUAUGGCUACGCUGCUCCUGAAUAUGUAAUGACAGGACAUCUGACAUCCAAGAGUGAUGUUUAUAGCUUUGGUGUUGUGCUACUUGAGAUUGUGACAGGGAGAAGAUCCAUGGACAAGAAACGUCCGAGUGGGGAGCAGAACCUUGUCUCAUGGGCUCGGCCAUAUUUAGCCGAUAAAAGGAAGCUGUAUCUUAUAGUGGAUCCCCGCUUGGAAUUGAACUAUUCCAUCAAAGGGGUGCAGAAGGUCUCCCAGCUUGCUUGCAGUUGUCUCAGUAGGGACCCGAAACUACGUCCAACCAUGGACGAAGUUGUGAAGAUUCUUACUCCACUGCAAGACCUCAACGACUUUGCCAUCCUAUCGUCUCACUGCCGCUUAUCUUCACAAGGGAGGCGCAAGAAGAAACCUGAAGGCCUCACCUACUCUCAAAGCUUCAGAGCUUCUCCAUUGAAUGCUGGAAAGCAGCAUCUAAAUUCUAAGGUGAUCAAUCUCUGAAUCCUCUCUGAUUUAUGAAAAGUAAACAAAGGUUUAAGGUCGGAAACGUUCGCAUUAGCUAACUGGAUUUGUUAGGACAAUACUACAUAUGAUGAAGCCUGUUUAAUUUCCUCUAGUAUCAAAUAUUUGCCAGAAGCAGAGGCAGAAUAUGAGAGAAAAGGCAUAUCAUUAGCUUCACUGCACAAUUGCAUCUUCUUUUGUGGGUCUGCAUUGCCUUGUAAGUUCUAGCUAGACAAAGAUCUUCGAGUGUCAAAUUUGCAGUCGCUUUCAAUUUUCAGUGCUCUUUUGUGGAUGUAUCUUUCUUGAACAUUUAUGGGAAAUAUCUGGCUUUCCUUUCUUUGAGGAAUUCCAUUCUUAGUAUGUCAAAUCCGAGAGAAAAAGAAAUUCUAUGGGUU